AUGGAGAACAAUAUGGAAAUCGACACAGCACGCUCUCCUGAACCUCAUAACCUCUCGCCUAUUUCAGAUCCAGGAUCCAUACCCACGCUUGAUGGAUGGAUUGAGAGUUUGAUGAGUUGCAAGCAGUUGGCAGAGAACGACGUGCAGCGAUUGUGUGAUCGGGCCAGAGAAGUCCUUCAAGAAGAGUCAAACGUCCAGCCAGUGAAAUGCCCCGUCACGGUUUGCGGAGAUAUUCAUGGACAGUUUCAUGACUUGAUGGAAUUAUUCCGUAUCGGAGGACCUAAUCCAGACACAAACUACCUAUUCAUGGGUGAUUAUGUUGACCGCGGUUACUACUCUGUUGAAACUGUCACACUCCUUGUUGCUUUGAAAAUCCGCUACCCUCAACGCAUCACAAUUCUUCGCGGAAACCACGAAUCUCGACAGAUCACACAAGUCUACGGAUUUUACGACGAAUGCCUGCGUAAAUACGGAAAUGCGAACGUCUGGAAGUACUUUACCGACCUCUUCGACUAUCUUCCUCUUACCGCUCUGAUUGAGAACCAAAUUUUCUGCCUUCACGGAGGCCUCAGUCCAUCGAUCGAUACUCUUGACAAUAUCCGAUCUCUAGAUCGUAUCCAAGAAGUUCCUCACGAAGGUCCCAUGUGUGAUUUGCUCUGGAGUGACCCUGAUGAUCGAUGCGGAUGGGGAAUCUCUCCCCGCGGUGCUGGAUAUACAUUCGGACAGGAUAUUUCAGAGGCAUUCAAUCAUAACAACGGCUUGACUCUCGUCGCACGUGCUCAUCAAUUGGUUAUGGAGGGUUACAAUUGGUCCCAGGAUCGAAAUGUUGUCACAAUCUUUUCAGCCCCCAACUAUUGUUACCGUUGUGGUAACCAAGCUGCUAUUAUGGAGAUUGAUGAGCUCUUGAAGUACACAUUCCUGCAAUUCGACCCAUGCCCUCGAGCUGGAGAACCGAUGGUCUCGAGAAGAACCCCUGACUAUUUCCUCUAA